ACCAACAAUGUGGGCCACUAAUAGGAACAAGAUAGGCACUGAACUGGAAAGAAAAAUCCAUGCCACUUCCAUUCUCCCUUGACUAGUUGCUCUCCUCUCAAUUAUUCCCAACACUUCUUAACCUCCUCUACUGCAUCUUUUUAAGUGAAACACUUCACAACCAAAAGGCUCAAGUAGACUUUCCAUUCUGCUUCCUCUAAAAGCUCAACUUAACAUAGUUUGUGUUACCCCAAAUGGAAAAUGAAGAAGUGGGGGAGACAGAAGGAAGCAGUAGUGGAGAACUCGGCAACAAUUUCGAUGGAGAAUGGUUGGAUUUAAGCCUUGGUGGGCUUAAUCAGAAAAGCACUUCUGACCCUCCACCAGCUAAAACAGCUCCUCACAAGACAUUCUCAUGCAACUUCUGCAUGAGGAAGUUCUUCAGUUCGCAGGCCCUCGGAGGGCACCAGAAUGCGCACAAGAAGGAGAGGGGUGCCGCGAGGAAGUCUCACCAGCUGUCGCAUAGGACGAUUGCAAAUUUGCCCGCCAGCACUCCAAUCCUUCAGUCUCUAAGAGUGCAUUCUCAUUCGAUGGUGCAGAAGGCGCCUAGAGAAAGCAGUGCAGUCAUGGUGGCGAGAUUCGGCGCGAUCGCGCCGGACACGAGGAUCGGAUGGGCCCCCUUUGAAGAAGAAACAGGUUUGAUGUGGCCAGGGAGCUUUUUAACAGAUUCUCAGCAGCUGAAGAACCAAACAGAGCAGCAAAAGCUUGAUUUGAGUCUUCGGCUUUAGCAUAUACUUUUGACAGGUGAGAAUUGCUCGCCGACCGGCUUUAGAAACGGCAAGAUGAAAGGGCCUUUUCAGCGAAUCGCAGUUUGGUUUCUGAUCUUUUACUUCUACAUGUUAGUGUCUAAACUUACCGAAUUUCUUGCGAUGUCAUAAAAAAAAAAAAAAAAUCUUAUGUUGUUCAGCUCCUAGCUAGAGAUUUUGGAGAAAAAUUCACCUGGGGAUGGCACUGCAAGCAAUUGGGUAGUUCAGUACUGUCUGAAAGAUCUGGGGCAUACUUGCAAUUCAUCAAAAGUUUAGAGACUACUCGUGCAUUUUACGUUUUUAGAGACUAACAGAAUAUGAUCUUCAGUCAACCAUUAGAAGGCUGGUUGCUAAUUGUGCACAAUUAUGUCAAAUGAAUAGCAAAUCGAAAGUUUGCAGGUGCUUCUAGCAAAUAUGACAACAUGUAGUUGUGAUUCAAUACUAGCCAUGUGCAUCAAUGGUUUAUAAACAAAUUUGAUAUUGCAGGAUCACCUGGUCCCCAAUCUCGCUUAAUUUCGAAGGCUCUGUUUACCGCUGUAAGAUACCGCUGUAAGAUAUAGUUCAGGAAGCUUAUUUAAUUCAAAUAUCGCACCAUCAAAACAUUAUAAUGAUAUCUACUAUUUUUAAACAACAUAAAAGAUAUGUAAACUGACAGUUUUGGAGCUUGUACCAGAAAGCAGCUUUGUUUUGAGAUUUCUCAUGAAACUCCUUCCUUAAUUCAUGUAACUUCUGUUAAGUCGCGAGCUCAACAUGUUAUUUUUUUUUCCUUCAAAAAGAUAAUUUUACCCUUCAA